GGGAUUCCACCCACCUCCCUCCCUCAAAAAAAAUCUCCACUAUUCCCUCUCUCUCCCUCUCUCCUCUCUCUCCAAAUGGCCCUUCACUCUCCACACUUCCAAUGUCCACCACCCCCAUCACUCCCUCUUCCUACGCCUCCGCCGCCGCCGCCGCCGCUGCCGCUCCUCCUCCUCCCACCUACCUCUCCAACCUCGGCCUCGGCUACGCCAUCGCCAUCGCCUUUGCCUUCCUCGUCCUCCUCUCCACCGUCCUUCUUGCCUCCUACCUCUGCUGCCGCCGCCGCCCCCUUUCUCCACACCACUCCCGAAACCCCGCUUCCGCUGCCAACUCCUCCGACGGCAUCGUCCUACCCCGCAUCAUAUUCGUGGCCGAAGACGAAGACGAGGACCAGAACGUCGUCGUUGGACUCGACCAAGCUGACUGUUACCAUCCUUCUUCCUCAUUGAGAAUACCUGAGAACCUCUGAUUUAUCAACCUCCAAAAGCUGGAGAUGGCAAGAGCGAGCGUUUUCUUAAAGUUCAGAACACGGAGAUGGGUUAAUGGGCUAAUCUUUAUAUUGGGUAUCCUUGCUCUUCUCAUCUGUGGUUCUACUUUGUCAAGAUUCUACUCUGUAAGAUCUCUUAUGGUUACUGAUACCUUCAGCAACAGCAUAAAUCCUGAGAGCCAAGACAUGACCCAAAGUGAAGUGAGAAUAACUGUCGAAACUGUCAUUCAGAAAAUCCAGCAAGAAUUGAAAGAGAUGAGGGAAUUGUCAAUGGAGUCGUCAUCAUCAUCAUCACCUUGUUCUUCGGCUAUGUUGAAAUUCAGUGUUGUCCUUGCAGAUAUUCUGGGGCAUAUUGAAUCGGUACAAGCAUCUCUACCAGUGACUGAAGGAACAUGUCAACAAAGUGCAGAAAUCAAAGGCAUCCAUCCUCUGUUAAAACCAAAACUACAGUCUGAUGAGCCCUCCAGUUACUUCCUGGUAGAAGAGAUUCGGAAAUAUGUCAAGAUCAAACCCAAUAGACUGGGGAAGCAGAACUUCAUGGGAGCUAAUGGGACCUUCACAAGUAUUGGUCAUGCCUGUUUUUCUAUGAAGAAAAAACUUGAAGAUUACAUGGAUUACGACAUUGGGGAUAUCUGCCAAGAUGACUGGAAACUAGCUCAGCUGCUGAUGGUUCAUGGGUGUGAUCCAUUACCAAGGAGGAGGUGCUUCGCCAGAGCUCCACAACUCUUCAGCAAGCCGUUCCCCAUCAAUGAAUCCAUGUGGAAGCUCCCUGAUGAUCGAAAUGUCCGAUGGAGUCAGUACAGAUGCAAGAACUUCUCUUGCCUUGCCAGCAAUUCCACUGGCAAAGGGUUCUUCAAGUGUGCGGAUUGCUUCAAUCUUUCCCAUCAUGAAAUGCCCAGAUGGAUUCAGCUCAUAAAUCUAGACCCCAGCUCAAAUCUGACUUCAGAUUUUCUUAUACCUGAGGUGCUUGAUAUCAAGCCUGGAGAGAUCAGAAUCGGAUUGGACUUCAGCGUAGGAACCGGGACUUUUGCAGCAAGGAUGACAGAGUUCAAUGUAACGGUAGUCUCUGCAACUAUCAAUCUUGGGGCACCCUUCAGCGAAAUGAUCGCACUCAGAGGACUCGUCCCUCUUUACUUAACGAUAAAUCAACGACUCCCCUUCUUUGACAACACUCUAGAUUUGAUCCACACAACAAGAUUUCUUGAUGGGUGGAUUGAUUUUGUGCUUCUGGAAUUUGUGUUGUAUGAUUGGGACAGGGUUUUGAGGCCAGGAGGUUUGCUGUGGAUUGAUAGCUUCUUCUGUUUGAAGGAAGAUUUGGAUGAUUAUCUGGAUGCCUUUAGGAUGCUGAGGUACAAGAAGCAUAAAUGGGUAGUUGUCCCAAAGCUGGACAAAGACGAUCGAGAGGUGUUUUUUUCUGCUGUUCUGGAGAAGCCACCAAGACCAUUUGGAUAAGUCAUGUGUACAUGUGUAUUUGAAUAUGAUCUCAAUAUUCUUAUUGUCAGUUUCAUAUCUUGAAUGCUUACCGCCCGCUGAUAGUUGCAUUGGAUAAUGAAAUUGCUCCAUUCACAAAU